CUGUUUAUAGAUGUGGAGUAUUUGGUGAACUUGAUCGAUUCUCCGGGUCAUCUCGAUUUCUACGGCGAAGUGUCGACGGCUACGUGUUUGAGCGACGGUGCCAUUUUGGUGAUCGACGUCGUUGAAGGUGUUUGUGCACAGACGAACUCUGCGCUGCGGCUAGUUUGGAAGGAGGCUAUCAGACCAUGUCUGUUGUUGAAUAAAAUCGACCGCCUGUUCACCGAGCUGAAGAUGACACCAAUGGAGGCAUACAAGCGGCUACAGUUCAUCGUUGAGCAGAUCAACGCAAUUGCCGGUCAGCUGUUCGUCUCCAAGGUGAUUGGGGAUCAGGAGCGCGAAGAGCGUGAGGACCGGCCGUCGUCAUUCAGCGAUAGCGACCAAAACGAGGAAAGCUCAUACUUCAUCCCGGAACGUGGCAACGUGGUGUUCGCCAGUGCACUGGACGGUUGGGGUUUUCGUAUUGACGACUUCGUGAAAAUCUGGGCGUCGAAGCUGAGUAUCGAUGCAUCUGUGCUUCGCAAAGCGAUGUGGGGUGAUUUCUACUUCAGUGCCAAGACCAAACGAGUGCUACCGAACGCGGCCGCCAAAGGUCGACAACCGCUGUUCGUACAGAUGAUCCUCGACAAUGUGUUGGCCAUCUAUGAUUCAGCGUUACUGAAUCCGGACGACGCUCACAUGCUGAAGAUCAUCCACUCACUGAAGCUGAACGUGACACCGAAGGAGCUGCGUUCUGGCGGCGAUCGUCGAGCCCUUGUCAAGUGCAUUUUCGGUCGCUGGCUACCGCUGGCCGUUGCGGUCCUGGACACCGUGUGCGACACAUUACCACCACCGUCAUCGCUGCCUGAACAGCGGCUGAGACAGAUGAUGUGCAAAUCGGGUCAGAACUUUGAUACCUUGCCUGAAGCCUCGAAAAACAUGCUACCGUACCUUCUGCACUGUUCGGCCAAAAACGCUCCGACGGUUGUGUUCAUAUCGAAACUGUUUGCAGUUGAUACCGGCUUGCUUUGUAGGCGGUCGAAAGAGAUGGCCGAUGAUAGGGUUAACGGGGUUCGGCUGUUGGUGAACGGAAUGUCAAAGAAACUCCGCUUCGCGGACGACGCCACGAAUGUCCCUCUGGUACUUUUGGCUUCUUACAUUACUGUUUAA